AGUGCUGUUUGGCCCAAAUCGGACCUCUGAAGCAGUAGCCAUUGGCGCACGCGCACCAUGACAAGCCAGUCGGAAAGCGACCGCAGUGAUGAGCACGGGGAGACGGAGGAUGCUGAUGAGGAGGAGGAGUACGAGGAGAGCUCAGGAGGAGAAGACGGAGCGGAUCCUGGAGCAGACGAUUCGAUCCCCAAUGAGCUGACAGCUGAAAUCGAGUCAGACAAGUACAUCCAGAAGUACAUGGAAGUGCACGACAUCAGUUUUGACGAGGCCUACUUCCCGCAAGGAGUCAUUGCGGAAGCGCAGGGCGCUUGGAACGCCUUCAUUACGCAGCAGAAUGGACGCGACGCAGCGGGGGAAGCCAUUUAUGCGGCGGUGUUCGAUGCGGCGCCCAGCUUGCAGAGCCUCUUCAAGACGGCCCGGUCGGUGAUGGCUAUGCGCUUCAUGAAUGGGCUGACCAGCAUCGUGGCGGCAUCCGGAGGCGCGCAGCAGCUGAAGAACCAGGUGGAGAGCUUGGGGUUUCAGCACCUGGACCUCGAGGUCACAGUGCCGCGGGUUGGCAUCUUCCGGGAUGCCAUUGUGGACCUCUUCGAAAUGGAGAUGGGCCAGCGAUUCACCUCCAAGGCCAAGGUCGGCUUGCAGGCAAUUCUGAACUACUCUGGUGGGGCCUACAUCUACAUCCGCCGUGAGUAUGCCUCCCGCAUCAGAAUCAUACAACGGAGCUGGAAGACGGCCAACAAGUCAGACGAGAGCGAGGAGGACAAGGCUCCAAAGAAAGCCUCCCUGGAGUCGGACGAACACGAAGGCGCCGAAGCUGAUAAGGCUGAUAAGGACAAGCCAGAUGCGGCACAGGCAGGGGAGUCGGGCUGGACGCAGGCGGGUUCACAGAAGAACGUGGCGGCCAAGGCCGCGACGACUACCGGCGAAGGGGCCAAAGACAAAGACGUGAAUGCCAAGACAGGGAAGACGGCGAUGAAGGUGCCCACAAGCUUCAACGAGAUGUUCCUGUUCAACGCUGCUGUCAUGGGCCUCGGCGACAGCAGCUGGAUGAGCGUGAUCUUGGAGCAAUUUCACAACAUCGUCACCAACGUGGCCAACUCCUACCGCCUUCAGGAGGAGUGCGACGUGCUGGCGCUGGUGCUGGACAAGCAGCAGAGUACGAUCCACCUCUCGGAGUUCAAGGCGGUGAUGCUGGCGUCUUUGCGCUCGCUGGUGCCCAAGGAGUGGGACUCGGAGCAUGAGGUGGCCUGGAACUGGCUCUGGGAGAACGUGGAGCGAAUGAUCCAGGUGAAUCUGGGGAAGCCGGCGGCGCAGGAGAAGGCUCUGAGCCGCCUCAUCGCGAGCCUGUCGGCCGACGAUAUCUACGGGCUCCGGAAAUCCAUCUACCAGAAGUUCUUUCAGGCUGCGCCAGCAGGGCAGGAUCACUUCAAGCAGUCGACCACCCGGCUCUAUUUCAUUGCAGACAAGAUCAUCGAAAUGACAAUGGAGAUGUACCAGCAACCACGCGUGAUGGUAGAGGACAUCUCCGCGCUGGGCCUGCGCCACGUGGGCUACGCCAUCCCCACCGAGCUCUUCGCGCCCUUCGUGUCCUGCGCGGUGGAGGUGGUGCGGGGCAUCACCACGGACGAUGUGGCCGAGGGGGCCUUCCGCUGGUCCCUGACUCUGAUCUCAAAGAUCUUGGUGCGAACCAUCUUGGAAGGAAGCACCAUCGUCAUGAAGGCCAUCAACACGAACUCGGCGAGGGCGCUAAGGAAGGCCAUCGCCAUCGCACCCCGGAGCAAGAGAGCCAUGGAGCUGCUGAACAUCACGGUGGGCACCCAGUCCAUCUCGCCCUUCUACUGGGCCAUCGACAGCGGCUCCCACGAGUGCGCCAAGGCGAUGAUCGAGGAUUUGUUCACCAUCCGCGCAGACCGAGAGAGCUACUACUAUGGUGCGGACCCUCUCUUCACGCGACACCCGGAGGUCAUCCAGCGGCUUUGCAACUCGGCGCCCCACCUGCUAUGGUCUCUGCUGGACGGCCUGGUGUGGCGCUCGCGCCAGGCCUUUCUCGGCAGACGCCGGGUGAACUACUACGUGCAGAAUAUGGUUCAGGACCAGGAGGGGAAGUUCAACAUGGCUCUUGAGUGGCUGGUGGAGCGUGGGGAUCCAAAGGUCAUUUGCCACCCUUGCGUGGUCAUUUUCUCGGAUCUCUUGUGGUCCCGUUUGGCCCAGUACAACUUCUUGCUGAGCAGGUGCUACUUCCUCUUCUCCUUGUGUGUCUUCAUCAUCGGCCAGGCCAUUUUGGGGCGCAAGGAUGGCACCGAAGGCGAGCGCAUAGCUACCUUUGUGUGCCGCAUCUUCAUCUACCUGGGGAGCAUGUGCCGAAUUCUGUACAGUCAGAUCAAAAUGUUGUACGACGACAUGAAGCACGGUGCCUUCGAUCGACGAUUCAGGAUUCCAAUUCCCAUGUACCUGUUCAGCACACAGGAUGGCGGCAGUCUGGUGUUGUUCUGGGUGCUCCUCCUGAUGCUGAUCCAGGAGCCCAUCCUGCAUUGCAUGGCACAUACUGAGCAGUACGGCCUCUUCGCAACGAGCUGUGCGGAUCCAGGGACCAAGGAGGCCUACGCGGUCUUCUCGGGCGUGGCGAUGCUGCUGUACUGGUUGCUGCUGAUGAACUUCAGCAUCUUUUCCAUGCAGAUCUCCGCCUUUGUGCUGGUUUGCGGCCGCGUUCUCGCGGAGGUGAUGCUCUUCCUUUUGGCCUUUGUUUUCCUCGUCAUCGCCUUCUCAACGGCCAUCACCGCCCUGCACCACAGGUUGUACGACUUCGAGCGUGUGGAUCGCGGCAUGGAGACUUUGCUGGAGAUCACCUUGGGAAUGUACCCCUUGGACAACUACAAGGCUAUCCUGGCUGAAUCUAUCUAUGUGGAGAUUGCUAUCAUCGGUUUCACUGUGCUCAUCUCGGUUUUGCUGCUUAACCUUCUGGUCGCGCAGUUGAACAUGGCCUACAAGCUGGUUCACUCAGACAUGCAGGGCUAUGCGCGCCUGACACGGGGUGGCAUCAUUGUCUCCACGGUUGAACAAGUCUCGCGCAAGCGCUGGGAUGCCUUCCUGCAGAGCCUCCAUUUCGAAGAGCGCCUGGAAUUCAAUGAGGGCGACAUCGGCUUGUCAGGCGGCAUUCAGGUCUUCGAGCCGGCGAAUGCAAACCCGACCACAGUGGAGACGGUGCGCCGCUUCGGAGGCUCCACGGCGCCGAAUAUGCCUUGGCCGGAGGACCCACUGGAUGAAGCCAACGAGGACCGCUUGGAGAAGCUGGAGAAGCUGGUGGUGAAGGCCAUGAAGACGAUUACAGACAAGAAGGGUGGCGGCGGUGCUGGCCAAACAGGUAUGUCCGGGAUAUCGGGCAUGCCCAGCUCCGCCUCGGGCAGCGGGAUGAGCUCCAACAGCUCCCAGAAUGCCGAGGAGACCAAGUAGAUGGAUCGUGGCAGUGGAACCAACUUUUUGUGGGCCCGUCAAGCGGGACCCAAGAGUGUUCGUGGUCGAGACAUCUGCCGCUGUAUUCGGGCAGAUGCGGGUCAAAGCAAUGUUGCCCCAAGCGGUUUGCAUUGGCAUGUGGCUCAGGUUUCAUUGUUGGCUGUACUAGCUCAUAGGCUGCUUCAGGCAUGUCCGGGCAAAGUUUCAAGAGGCCCAUCGGCAACAACAGUUCUCACCGCCUGCGCUGUAGUUUUCGUUUCAUUUUUUUGCAUGGCUCCUCAUCCCUCGGCUGACGGCACCGCGUGGACGCCUAGCACCGAGUGGGCACGCCAUGCAUUGCGCGGGAACGUCCGGUCCUCAAAAGGGCCGUGUCGACCAGCUGGACAAAUUCGAUCCUUGCCAGUCUGGAUCACCUCUGUGGCCAGAAACUUUCACCCGGCCGCUGGCCGCUGGCCGGUCCUCCGUCUCAAAUUGCAGGCAUCGGCCAUCGAUCCGACUAUGUAACUGGG